GUACGUUUUGUCAUAUAAUCGGAGUUAACCGAGUGUCGUCGUACUGUACCGGAGAGUUUUCCGACGAGAUGCUCUGCGACGAGACGGCAUUAGGGCAACUGGACUUUGAUUUCAAUUCGCGUUCAGUUGUUUGCAAGGGAUGAUCGUCAUUUACCUCUCCAUGGAAUCUGUUUUUGUUCGUAUGGAAACCUAGGGUUUUUUUGUUUGUUUGUUAGUUUUUCGAAUUUGCCGUUUUGCUGUGUGAGGAAAUGGUGGGGAUGAUGGCGGCGAUUACUCGGGAGAAAGUUGGGAGUCGAAUUAACUCGAUAAAGUACAGCGGUGAAGACGUUGCUUCAAAGCUCGAUCAUUUGAGGCGGCUCCGCGACGAGCUCUGGGCCGCGGAUUCUGUGCUGCUCGAGGAGUUUCUUCCCUCCAUUAUUGGCCUUCUCUCGGACCGUUUGAGCCCCGCACGCAAAUUCGUCACUCAAAUUGUUGGCGAAAUUGGUUUAAAGCACUUGGAGUUGUUAACUGAAAUCAUACCAGCACUUGUAGAUAUUUUGAAGGAUGAUGCGCCAGCUGUCGCUCGACAGGCCAUAAAGUGUGGUAUUGACAUAUUUCGCUGUUUUCUGGUUAAAGUUUCCGUCCAGGGUUGUCAUUCAAGUGAGUUCAGUGACUCCCUGAAAUUAUCAUGGGCAUGUAUUCUGAAGUUUAAAGAUGAAAUAUACGCAAUGGCCUUUAAGGUGGGAAGUGAUGGGAGAAGAUUAUCUGCAUUGAAGUUUAUUGAAUCGGUUGUUUUACUUUAUACUCCUGACCCUAAUGGUUUGUUGGAGCCACCUUCGGAUCAAAUUUCUGAAGGGAAGUUUGACGAAUUCAAUAUCUCAUGGCUUCGUGGUGGACACCCUAUACUCAGCAUUAGAGAUUUGUCAGCUGAAGCAAGUCGAAGUUUGGGUUUGCUGCUUGAUCAGCUCAGAUUCCCAUCUUUCAAGUCGCAUAGUUAUUUGGUGAUAAUUGUGCUAAUUAAAAUUUUGUCGACAAUUGCUAGGAAGAGACCUGCCUUUUAUGGUCGAAUACUUCCAGUUUUACUUGGCUUGGAUCCUUCAUGCUCUGCCAGUGGAGGCGUACAUCUUGCAGGGGUGUAUCAUUCUUUAAGGAUUGCUUUUGAGUCUUGUUUGAAUUGUACACACCCUGGUGCUGCGCCGUGGAGCGCUCGUCUGAUGAAUGCAUUGAAUGAACUUGAAGUUGGAAAAACAACUGUACAGCCUGUAAUGGAAAUGUCUGACAACAAUGGAAGAACAAAGACGGCAGCUGAUUCAUCCGCAGACCAAAUUCACGUGGAUGAAAAACCUUCUGCAGAUUUAAGGUCUGAACACACUAAUGCUAGUAGAAAAAGAAUUGGAGUACCAGGUACAUCAGAGGCUUCUGAAGAUGAUAACUCUGCAAAGCGUUCAAGAUCAACACCUGAAAACUCAGAGGAACCCGAAUAUGAAAUUAGAGGAAAGCAGGACAAGCUCUCAUCGACUGGACCUACUCCAUCCAGAUCAGACACUGAUAAUGGACCUGUGCAGCAGCUUGUAGCGAUGUUUGGUGUGUUGGUGGCUCAGGGUGAGAAAGCUGCAGCUUCCUUGGACAUUCUCAUCUCUAGCAUAUCUGCUGAUCUAUUAGCUGAAGUAGUUAUGGCUAACAUAUGCAAUCUUCCUCCAAAAAGCCCUGAAGAUGAAGAGCCUCUUGUAAACAUGGUUGCUCAUCCUGAUGUGACUGGAAAUGAUACCCACAUGAAACAAUUGUCUUUGUUGCUGACGAACAUACUUUCAGACCCCAGCUCUUGUCCGGAGAAGGAAGCUGGGAUCAAAGAUCCUCUUCUUGGAGCAUCUAGGGAGUUUGAGAAUACUGAAGAACAGGAACCAUGCUUGACUGUGGCUGAUGAUAAUAUUGCCUCUGAUGGCAUGGACAAAGAUUGUGAAAAUGCACCAGUCUCUGUCAGCGAGUCUGUUUCCCCUGAAGACAUUCCAGCUGCUAUGGAGACUAAUUUUGCAGGGAUCACCUAUCCAGUAAAUGAUAUUGAGGGUGUGUCAAGUGAAAUUCCUGGACUUGGUUUGUCUACUCAAGAGGUUGAAUUGCUUGAAAAUGCAGUUGAUUUUUCGAAGGGCUCAUCUGAUUUGGGGAAUGUGGAUCUCACUGCUCCAGAUGAUACCAAUAAAGAGAUGAUGACUAGUUUAAAUAGUACACCAAUAGAAUUAGAUAUAACACCUACCGAAAUAGUUCAAUCAUUGUCUACUGAUAGGUCUGAAGAGCUUAGCCCUAGAGCAUCACUUACAGACACAACUAACAUUAGCUCUUCAACCGCAACUUCUUCUGGGUUUUCUUUACAGUUGAUUCUGCCAAAGAUAUCUGCCCCUGUCAUUCCCCUUUCCGAUGAGCAUAAAGAUAAGUUACAACAAGUAGCCUUUAUGCGCAUAAUUAGUGCUUAUAAACAAGUUACUGUUGCUGGAGGAUCUCAAGUCCGCUUUUCUAUUCUUACCCAUUCUGGAAUGGAGUUUCCAUCUGAGCUGGACCCGUGGAAGUUACUAACAGAACAUAUACUGUCGGAUUAUGUAAAUAAUGAGGGGCACGAGUUAACAUUACAAGUACUAUACAGGUUAUAUGGUGAGGCAGAAGAAGACCGUGACUUUUUCACGUCAACAACUGCUACAUCUGUGUAUGAAAAUUUUCUUCUCCUUGUGGCCAAUACCUUACGGGAUUCCUUUCCAGCAUCUGAUAAAUCAUUGAGUAAAUUGCUUGGUGAAGUCCCGUAUCUGCCAAAUUCUAUAUUUACAUUGUUAGAGUGCUUAUGCUGCCCUGGUAGUAGUAAGAAUGAUGAUAAGGAAUUGCAUGGUGGAGAUCGAGUUACUCAGGGGCUCAGUACUGUUUGGAGCCUAAUUUUGCUGAGACCUACAAUCCGAGAUGCUUGCCUUAAAAUUGCGUUGAAGAGUUCAGUUCAUCACUUGGAAGAAGUACGAAUGAAGGCAAUACGUCUGGUGGCUAAUAAACUCUACCCAUUACCAAACUUAUCUGAAAAAAUCGAAGAUUUUGCAAAGGAAAUGUUGCUUUCAGUUGUUAUUAAUGAUGAAAGUGCAUCAAGAAAGGAGGCUGAUGGAACUGAGGUUGAACGAGAGAAGGAUGAAAAUAUUUCAAGUGACAAUCAGUCGGGCAGUCAUCAAUUGACCCCAUCUGAAAGCAACUUGUCAUCUACUGUGGCUGAGGUGCAGCGGUGCACAUCUCUAUAUUUUGCAUUAUGUACAAAGAAACAUUCGCUUUUCCGGAAAAUCUUUGAUGCUUAUAAGGGUGCACCCAAGGUGGUCAAGCAGGCAGUUCACCAUCAGAUCCCGUUACUUGUUCGAACUAUUGGGUCAUCCCAUGAUCUCCUUGAUAUAAUAUCUAAUCCACCAACUGGAACAGAAGAGCUUGUUACUCAGGUUGUUCGUACACUAACAGAUGGAACAGUUCCUUCUCCAGAGUUAGUAUCUACCAUUCACAGGUUAUAUGCUACAAAACUAAAGGACAUAGAUAUUCUGAUUCCAAUUUUACCGUUCCUCCCCAAAGAUGAGGUUUUACGACUUUUUCCACAUCUUGUGAAUGUACCGAUGGAUAAGUUCCAAAUUGUGCUUUCACGUGUUCUACAGGGGUUUAAUAAUUCCACACCUGUGCUUGCCGCAGCUGAAGCAUUGAUUGCAAUACACGGGAUUGAUCCCGAUAGAGAUGGGAUCCCGCUGAAGAAGGUAACGGAUGCCUGCAAUGCAUGUUUUGAGCAGCGAAAUAUAUUUACACAGCAGGUUCUGGCCAAGGUCUUGAAUCAACUGGUCGAGCAAAUUCCUCUCCCCAUGCUAUUUAUGCGGACUGUAUUGCAGGCAAUAGGUGCUUUUCCUUCUCUGGUGGAAUUUAUCAUGGAAAUUCUAUCUCGUCUUGUUGGCAAGCAGAUAUGGAAAUAUCCAAAACUGUGGGUUGGCUUCAUGAAAUGCGUCCUUCUUACAAAACCACAAUCAUUCGGCAUCCUCCUUAAGCUACCAUCGGCGCAGCUUGAAAAUGCACUGAAUAGAACUCCGGCUCUCAAGGCUCCUUUGGUAGCUCAUGCGAGCCAAGCUCACAUAAGAUCAUCGCUUCCAAGGUCUACAUUAUCUAUUCUUGGCCUUGUGUCGGAGUCCCAAGAUUCUUCUACAACACAAACACAACCGACCCAGACUCAGACAGAAGGGACAGGCAAUUUAGAAAAGGAAAAGGAAGUAGAGACAGAAAAAUCGAAGGAAUCCGGCGCAACAACCAGUUGAAACUUGCUUGAAAAGACAAGCUGCGAAUGGGCGAGUUGCAAUGCUUAGAGAUAUUCUGUAUUUAAACUCCCUCGACAGGUACGAAUUCGCUCCCUAUUGUUCGAGUGAGUGAGACUACACUAGCUUCCAUUGAAGAUAUUCAAACAGAAUUAUGAAGCUAUAUUCAAGUCAGUGUAUAAAUAAUAGUACUUAUGUUCAAUACAAAUGGUUAUUUGCAACUUCUUUAACUUCCAUGUAUUUCAGCUCACACUUAUAUCUUCAUUUUAUGUCUUUACUUGGCUUGA